GAGGAGGCGGCGGCGGCAACAGGAACCUGAAGGGGAAGGCUCGUGGAGUCGGGAAGAACUAGGAGCAAGAUGAAGGUGAAGAUGCUGAGCCGGAACCCGGACAGCUAUGUCCGUGAAACCAAACUGGACUUACAGAGAGUUUCUGAAUGGAAGUGUUAAUAGAUAACAAAAUGGGAAGAUUGAAGUAUUGGAGCUCUGUGAAACAUAAAAUAAGGAAGACACUGCCAUGAUUUUCUGUUCCAAGAAACUAUGAUCCUACCUUACAUCCUUUUGAGGUCCCACGAGAAUAUGUAAGAGCUUUAAAUGCCACCAAACUGGAACGGGUUUUUGCGAAACCAUUCCUUGCUUCCCUGGAUGGUCACCGAGACGGAGUCAGUUGCUUGGCAAAACAUCCGAAGAGUCUGGCUACUGUCCUUUCUGGGGCAUGUGAUGGAGAGGUUAGAAUUUGGAACUUAACUAAACGAAAAUGUAUUCAUAUGAUACAAGCACAUGAAGGUUUUGUACGAGGAAUAUGUACUCGCUUUUGUGGGACUUCCUUUUUUACUGUUGGUGAUGACAAAACUGUGAAGCAGUGGAAAAUGGAUGGACCAAGCUUUGGAGAAGAGGAGGAACCAUUGCAUACAAUAUUAGGAAAGACAGUAUAUACAGGAAUUGAUCAUCACUGGAAAGAAGCUGUUUUUGCCACAUGUGGACAGCAAGUAGACAUUUGGGAUGAACAAAGAAGCAGUCCUAUAUGUUCAAUGACUUGGGGAUUUGACAGUAUAAGCAGUGUUAAAUUUAACCCAGUUGAGACAUUUCUCUUGGGAAGUUGUGCUUCUGACAGGAAUAUAGUACUAUAUGAUAUGAGGCAAGCUACUCCUCUGAAAAAGGUCAUAUUAGAUAUGAGAACAAAUACAAUUUGCUGGAACCCUAUGGAAGCUUUCAUUUUUACUGCAGCAAAUGAAGAUUACAACUUAUAUACUUUUGAUAUGCGUGCACUGGACACUCCUGUAAUGGUACAUAUGGAUCACGUAUCUGCGGUGCUUGAUGUGGAUUACUCUCCCACUGGGAAAGACUUUGUGUCUGCUAGUUUUGAUAAAUCUAUUCGAAUCUUUCCUGUGGACAAAAGUAGAAGCAGGGAAGUCUAUCACACAAAGAGAAUGCAACAUGUUAUCUGUGUAAAAUGGACUUCUGACAGCAAGUACAUUAUGUGUGGAUCUGAUGAAAUGAACAUUCGUCUAUGGAAAGCUAAUGCUUCUGAAAAGUUGGGUGUGCUUACGUCACGAGAAAAAGCAGCCACAGAUUAUAACCAGAGGUUAAAGGAGAAAUUUCAACAUCAUCCUCACAUAAAACGUAUUUCUCGUCACCGACAUCUACCAAAAUCUAUCUACAGCCAGAUUCAGGAACAGCGCGUCAUGAAAGAAGCUCGUCGACGAAAGGAACUGAAUCGUAUCAAACAUAGCAAGCCUGGAUCUGUGCAGAGGGUGUCAGAGAAGAAGAAACGCGUAGUGGCAGUUGUGAAAUAAUAUUUGGUAUUCCUACCAAUACUGAUGUCUAAGUAUUUGUUAUGUUUUGAUUUGUGAACUCUACAAAUAAAAGUACUGGCUCUAGUAUAACAAUGAAUGUUUUAGUUGUAUGUGUAGAGCUUAAUCAUUGCACAUUUUUGCUAUCCUAAAAAAUUAUUUUUAAAUGUGACCUGGUCGAUAAGACUAUCCAACAUUUUAUUCCUGAUCUUCUUUCUUACUGCAUUAAAGAAUACAGUAUUUACAAACUUAUUUUUUGCUGUUAGAAAUUGCAGAUAUACUUUCACUUUGAUUUGUUAUUUUAGACACUCUAUGUUUGAAUUUACAUUUAAGACCAAACAUCUCUUUUGUUACCUUUUAAUAUUACUUUAGAUAAUUAUUGCAGUGAUUCUUCCUAGGAUUCCAUAAACACAUAGAAGAAUUAUGUCAGAACUUUUUUCAGUUGAAUUUAUUUUCUGUGCUUUAUUUAUUUGGCUUUUUGAGACAUUAAAGAUGAUCAGCCUACAUUUAUAUAACUUUUAUAAACAAUAAUUAUAACAUAUGGUCAAGUCAAGAUAAUAAAACGUCCUUUUUCUCA